CUCCAGCUCCCUCCCCCCUUCUCUCUCACAGCUGUGUCCCUCUGUCUCUCUCAAGGGGUACUAUAGACCUGUGGUACCUUUAGUAAUCAGUCGGGGCCUUGUGCAUCAGAACGGCAAAGAAAAGAAGAAAAAGGAGAAGAAAGCAGAGCACAGGCCUGUGCAAGCACUGAAGCAAUUGAAGCAUCAGGAUUCACAAAGAAAGAAGCUUCAUCGUGAGGGCUUUUAAAGGUCGCAGUUUUUACUCUGUUUCCUUGAGAUUUACGUUUACAAUGAUAUGAACUUGAAAGAUUAAUUGCUCGAUUUCUUGGCAUAUCUCUCAAGGCACAAAACCCAUUUCACAAAUACUACACCACUUUGCAUACUUGGGUAAUUUUCUGCUGAUGGAGUCGGUCCAGCCAUUGGCUGUGACGCCAAGCAAGAAGAAACUAGCUCGAACUAUUGCCAAGGUUCUUCAUCUUCGAACCCUGACUGGAAUUGCUCCGGCUGAUGGACUGAAGAGUGUUAAAGCAGAUAGAGAUCUUAAAGAUGAAGGAGGUAUUGAUAAGGUUUUGAACUGGUCUCAGUCUUUUGAUGAGGAAGAUGAAGAAUUUCAUGAAAGAGCAGCGAUGGAAGCUCUGCUUGCAAAACUGUUUGCUAGCAUUUCAUCUGUUAAAGCUGCAUAUGCUCAACUUCAGUAUGCUCAGUCGCCAUAUGAGCCUGAAGGUGUUCAAGCUGCGGAUCAAUUGCUAGUCUCUGAGUUAAAGAACUUGUCUGAGAUAAAGCAGUGUUACUUGAAAAAGCAAUUUGAUCCUUCACCAGAGGCAGCAAUGCUGGAGGCUGAAUUGAAGGAGCUUCAUAGUGUUAUAAAGACUUAUGACAUUAUGGGAAAGAAGUCAGAGUCUCAGGUUCGGCUCAAGGAAUCUGAGAUUGUGUUUCUUAAGGAGAAGUUGCAGGAAGCUAUUGAGCAGAACAGGUCAAUGGAGAAGAGAUUGAAUCAAAGCGGGUCAUUAUCUGUGCUUGAUAAUCUUCAUAUAUCAGGACUAAAUUCUAGCCAUUUUAUUACAGUCCUUCGCCAGACAGUCAGGUCCAUUCGAAACUUUGUUCGGUUAAUUGUGGAUGAGAUGAGAUCUGCUGGUUGGGAUAUUGAUGCUGCUGUGGGUGCUAUUGAAAAGAAUGUAGUGUACUUGAAAGAGGACCACAAGUGUUAUGCAAUUGAGUCAUUUGUUUGCAGGGAAAUGUUUGACUCUUUUCAGUUUCCUAAUUUCUCCCUUCCAAAUGAGUCAUUGCCGGAAAGAAACAGCCUACGACAGGUGUUCUUCCUGAGAUUCAAUGAACUGAAAUCCAUCAGAGCAAAAGAAUAUCUAGCUGAGAAGCCAAGGUCUCCAUUUGCAAAGUUCUGCCGGAUCAAGUACCUGCGACUUAUUCAUCCAAAGAUGGAAUCAUCGAUCUUCGGUGAUCUGAACCAGAGAAACCUUUUGAAUGCAGGAGAAUUUCCCAACACUGGCUUCUUUUCAUCUUUUGCUGAGAUGGCGAAGAAGGUUUGGCUCUUGCAUUGCUUGGCCUUCUCUUUUGAGCCGCAAGCUUCAAUCUUUCAAUUAAGGAAGGGAUGCAGAUACUCUGAUGUGUACAUGGAAAGCAUAAACGACGAGAUAUUCGUCUCUCCAGAGUCAGACCAGACCGUGGAAUCAUACCCACAAGUGGCAUUCACGGUGGUACCAGGUUUCAAGAUUGGUAAAACUAUUAUACAGUGCCAAGUCUACCUCUCACAGUCCCAACCCAAGGUGAAAAAGAAGCACAAUUCCAUGAAGCAAAGGUAAUGGCCGCUGGAGAGACACGAGAAGCCAUUGGUCUCUGCAAGUGGCUCCAUAUUAUUAUUAGGUAGAAGAAUUGUAAAUUAGGUUUAAUUAUGAAGGGACAAGUAAAGAAAAAGAAGGGACAAGUAUGUCAAAGCGGGGUCGCAUGGUUAAAGCACGAAGGAAUACUCAGGCCAAUGAAAACUCAGGUAGGUGUUAUAGAAGGUAGGAUUGAUUUACUGUUACUCCGAUUUUGAUGAGUUUUUAUUGGCUUCUUGUAUAAGCUGGUUGUGCAGUGUAGGACUCCAAACCGGAUCCUUAUUAACGUCCAUGUGACUCUUAUUGUCUCUAUAUUCCUGGGGGGUAUUA